CAUUGUGCAAGGUGUUAUAAAAACAUGGUGGAUCGAAAUUUGUUUUCUUCCCCCGUUCAAAACUAUUAAGGAAAUUGCCUUCAAAAUUAAGCUUAUUUAUAGAAACUUUACUGGAAUUUCAGGGAUUUCAAGUUUGUAGGCUUUUUCGAGAUUUGUUUAAACUUAUCGAACGAUUUCGAAGAACGUGAACGUCUUCGAUGGGCUGUGGAUCUUCAAGUCCUGGAGUGGUCCAUGUGCCAGCCCAAGCUCCAACUCAGCAAGUAACCACGACUACACAUUACACUGGUGCUGCUCCAGUUGUACAGCAACAGUACCCUCCCAAGCAAGUCUACCCUCAGCAACAUGCAUACCCACAACGACCUUACCCUCAGCAAAGAGUAGUACAUCAAAACACAAACUAUGCACAGCAACCAACAACAGUAGUAGUUCAAGACAGGGGCAGUUCUGCUGGGGAUUUCAUGGUUGGCAUGGCAGCAGGAGCUAUGAUGAGCAAUGCCAUGCAUGGACCUCACUAUUACCAUGGAUACCAUGGUGGUUACCAUGGUGGAUUUCAUGACCAUCAUGUUACUGAAGUGCAUCACCAUGAACACUUCCAUGAAGGAGAUGGAGAUUUUCACCAUGACGUUGAUUAUGGGGAGAACAUGGGAGGCGGUUUUGAUGGAGGAGGUUUUGAUGGGGGAGGUUUUGAUGGGGGAGGUUUUGAUGAUGGAGGAGGUUUUGAUGGAGGAUGUGACUAAGGUGAAGAAAUUUUCUACAAUAUAUAUUAGCUAAAAAGGGUGGGCUCUUGGUUAAAAGUACAAGGCAUGCCCCCUGGAAAAUUUCAAAGACCCCUAAAAGAUCCUUAAGUGCAAGUUUUUAAAAAAGGGCGUGGCUGGCUAGUUUUUAAACCCUUUCCCCAGUACUAUGGUAAACUCUGUAGCCUCCCUUCACAGUCUCUUGUGUUGGCUUGUAAUUAUCUUAAUACUUUUAGCAAUUUCAUGAUAAAAAUAGGCACAGCUGCAAAUGGAGACCAAAAUCAAUUUAAGACUUGAGAUGGACAGACAUUCUAGUCACCUGUGGGAUUUUAGUUUCUUGGUAUUUUCAGCCAGUCCAGCCUAAAAUUUCGUGACAUUCAACUCACAACUACUUUAUCAUUCACUUAUGUUGUCAAUUUAAAAGAAGACAUCUCAAUUUUAUUAUGAUGUUAAUACAUAAGCUCUUGUUGAUUGACAGCAGUCAUGCAAUUGAAACCUUUCUGACAGCUGCAUAAGGCAAGAGGCAGAAACUUCUUUUAGGAAGAGAAGGGGGCUGGAGUUCUUAAUUCUUCCCAGCCCCAGCACCUCAUGCAGUAAAGUUAUAUUGAUUGUUCAAUGGUAAUGCUUUAAUAAUGUCACAACUUAUAUCUGGAUUGGCUGCAGGCAAAAGAAAAAAAAGGUUUAAUAACUUAACUAUCGACUGUGGAAACAUUGUACUGUACUAUAUUGUUAAGCUGUAUAUUAUAAUAUUUAUAUUUAAUCCAGUUAUACAUGUAAAUGCAAUGAUGAAUUUAUUAGUAAAUUAAAUUUACUUAGCAAAUACAA